GCACAAGCUGUAAUUGUACCGAAUUGUCGCUUUCAAUAUAAGUUUGUCCCAUGUAUCGAUAAAGCGAGCAUUUAUUUUGUAAGUGACGAAACAUUAUCCGGCAGUGGUGAGAAGUUCCAAGAUGGCUUCUGUGAGAUGCAAGGGAUAUUUCGAAAAAGUGGAAAGAGGCAAAGCUUUAGUUGACGCAGCUGCCAAUGGUGAUUAUUUUCAGGUAUUAAGCUUAUUAAAUGCCGGCAUACCUAUAAAUGCCGCGGAAUACAACAAGAGUCUAUUCUAUGCAUCGAAAAACUACAGGACUCCUUUACAAAUAGCUGCCUCCAACGGACACGCAGAAUGUGUUAAAUUACUGAUUGAUAGAGGAGCUGAUCUAAAUGCCAAGGAUCGAUUUGAUGCAACUGCAGUUCAUUUGGCAGCUGACUGUGGCCAUCAUAAUUGUUUGAAAUUAUUAUUAGAUGCUGGUGCAGAGUGUUGUACACCAACAAAAUAUUCAAAGAAAGGAUGUUACACAGCAUCUCCAUAUCCAGGUGGAACAACUCCAUUACAUCUAGCAGCUGCUCACAGUUAUGUAGAAUGUGUCAAAGAAUUAAUUCAGUAUGGUGCAGAUUAUAAUGCAGUAGAUGAGAGGGGAAGAACAAGCUUAUAUAUAGCUGCUGAAGCUGGUUAUGCUGAUUGUGUUUUAACUCUUCUUAGAAAUGCCGUUGGUAAAGAUAUUUUAUCAUUGCCAGGAUUAGAAACAGGAAACACUCCAUUGCAUUUCUGUGUAAAACAUGGCAUGGUUGAAUGUGUGUCAGAAUUACUUGAUCAUGGAUCUGAUGUUAAUCACCGUAAUUAUGCAAGAUUUUCACCACUUCAUUUUGCAGUGUCAUAUAAUCCUGAUACUAAACAUGUUGCCAAAGAGAUACUUCGCCUUCUAGUUUUAAAGGGUCAUGAUGUAGAUAUAAAUCAACCAGAUCCUUCAGGUUUGUCACCUCUGCAUUAUGUCUGUUUCUGUGAUGGUGGACGUCAGCAAAGGCGGCCAGAACUGGCUGUCUUUUUGAUUGCAUAUGGAGCUGAAGUAACUAUCACUAAUCAGAGGGGAUACAGUUUGAUAAGAGUUGAAUUUCAAACAUUUGAAGAUUGCACUAUCCUGAAAGCAAUUAAUAGAAGUAUGCUUCAUUUACCCAGUUUGUCUUCUUUAAAUAUUUCACCUCCUCCAGAACCUGAAUCUCCACCCUGUCCUCAGACUGUUGCUCGAAUUUCCAAUGUUCAAUAUGAAAAUUCUUGGCGGGCCCCUCCCAAUCGAGCACAGAUUCCAUCAUCGGUUCUAGUGUCUUCUCUACCAGAUUUUCAUCACCACCAAAGGAGGAAUCAUGAAUGGGAAAAAUAUCUAUGGUAUACAUCUAUUGUAUCGUCACCACGCUCCCUCCAGCAUUAUUGUCGAUAUGCUAUCCGAAGUACCUUAGGUCCAAAGCGUCUCAGAUUUGCAAAAAAUCUUCCAAUUCCAAAAUUACUUCAGCAGUACAUACUAUUAGAAUUUGAUAGAUAAUAAAAAUUUUGUGCAUUUAAAUCUGUUCAUGCAUAAGUAUGUGGAAUACUUGCCAAAGGUUCUAGCCAAUAGGAGAGCAUGAAAAUAGUUUUUAAUUAUUCUUAAAAUGAGUUUUUUCUGAAAGAGCAGAAUGUUUGAAAAUUUUUAUUCCUAAAACACUCUUAUUUAAAUGUAAUCUCCAUCUUUGGAGUUAAAAAUGCCAUAUCAGAUUUAUGUACCGUGUACAUCUUGUUAAUAUAUGAAAUGUUAUACUGUCUAUAUAAAAUUCUUAUCAUCGAACAGAAAGUAUUAUAUAUUCAAGAAUACAAAUUUUUAACUUUG